AUGUUUCUAAAAGGAAAAAAAUAAUCAAACUAAGAUAACUUUAAUCCUGGUGUGGGACUUUAUGAUAUUAUUACUAAACUAGAUAAACCAGUACCUAUAAUGCAUCCAGAUAAACAUAGUCUUCAUAAAAAAAAUGAUUCAUAUCCUCAAAGUGAUUCCUAACUCUCUUUUGAUAGAAAAGUUGAUUUAAAUUAUCCUUUGCAUAGUUAUGCAAGUGGAAUUUAAAGAGUUAGAUAAAAUAAAAUUUAUUAAGAACUCAAGAAACAAGUUAGAUUUGACAAUAAACUAAAUGAAUUUAAUCAAGAAUUUGAUACUUAAAUACGUUCCACUAAUAAAAAGGGAAAACUUGUUAAAUUAUAGAAAUUAUAAAGAUGUUCAAAAUAAUAAUUAAAUGAUUCUCAAUCACUUUGUUUAGGAUAAUAAUCACCAAUUAAUAAAAAAUCUUCAAGUUAACAAUAUCUCAAACAUCCACCUAAAUUAUAAUCAUUGGAAAGUUUAGAACUCUUUUUAUUAAGAGAUAAAUUAUAGAAAAUAUAAGAUGUUCCAGGUCCUGGUUCCUAUGAAUUACCAAGUGUUUUCAAAUAAUCAGAUAGCAGAGUUUAACCUUUUGGAAAACAGAAAGGAAGAACAAAAUAUAUAGAUUAAGAUGUCUCAGUUGGAGUUGGAUAAUAUAAUAUCCAAGAUUAAUCAAUAAUCAAAAGUGUUAUAAGAUUUGACAAAUAUUCAAAAAGGGUUAGCAUUUUUGAAAACAAACAAAAUUCUCCCACAUAUUAUGACAAUAACUCAAAUCUUAUCAGCAAUUAAUCCAAGCUGAAUCUCGAAUUUCCUAUUGCCUUUGGUUCUACUUCCAAAAGAUGA